GUAACCUAUAUUGGUGAAAUUGUGCCAACGCACGGCUUUUCUAGUCUUAAAUUCAUUCCUGACACUGGUGACAUGGUGAUGGUUGCUUUGAAAUCAGAAGAAGACAAGGGUGUAACAGCCACCUAUGUGAUUAUAUUUACAAUAUCCGGUGAUAUUCUCUUGCCUGAAACUAAAGUCGCUGACCUCAAAUAUGAGGGAAUUGAAUUUAUUUGAAUGUGUUUUUCCCUUUUCCUAAAUUAAAUAUUUGUUUUCUUUAACCAAAA